GGAGCUUGAGCCUGGGAGUGAUGGGGAGAGUUGCAGAGCGGAGCCCGGCGCAGAGAGGAGCGCGGCGGGGCUGCGAGAAGCUGGUCUCGGUUCCUCCUGCGCCGAGCCCCGGUUGGGGGCUCCAGCGACGGGAGGCAGAGGCAGAGGCAGACCGACAGAAAAAUGGUGGCUCACCCAACCCUUGGUCUCCUCCUGCUGCUGCUCGUGGUCGGCUAUGGCUCGUCGGAGAACUCCAGCACCUCCCGAGGCUGCGGACUGGACAUCCUCCCCCAGUACGUGUACCUCUGCGACCUGGACGCGAUCUGGGGGAUUGUGGUGGAAGCGGUGGCCGGCGCCGGGGUCUUGACCACGCUGCUGCUCAUGCUGAUCUUGCUGGCGCGGCUGCCGUUCAUCAAGGAGAAAGAGAAGAAGAGCCCGCUGGGGGUGCACUUCCUCCUCCUCCUGGGGACCCUGGGGCUCUUUGGCUUGGCCUUUGCCUUCAUCAUCGAGGAAGACGAGACCCUCUGCUCAGUGCGCCGGUUCCUGUGGGGGGUCCUCUUUGCGCUGUGCUUCUCGUGCCUGGUGGCUCAGGCCUGGAGGCUGCGGAGACUCGUCCGGCACGGCAAGAGCCCGUCCGGGUGGCAGCUGGCUGGCGCGGCCGUCUGCCUUGCGCUGGUCCAGGUCAUUAUUGCGACGGAAUGGCUGGUUCUCACCAUCGUGAGGGACGGGAAGCUGGCCUGCCAUUACGAGCCCAUGGAUUUCGCCAUGGCCUCCACCUACGUCAUGUUCCUCUUGGUGGUGGCGCUGGGCUUUUCCUUUUUCACCGUUUGCGGCAAGUUCAAGAAGUGGAAGAAGAACGGCGUGUGCCUCAUCCUCACCAGCUUUUUCUCAGUCCUGCUUUGGGUGGCGUGGCUGGCGAUGUACCUGUACGGGAAUAAAGAACUCGGGAGGCGGGACCAGUGGCGGGACCCCACGCUCGCCAUUGCGCUGGUCUCCAGCGGGUGGGUCUUGGUGGUCUUCCACGCCAUCCCGGAGGUCCACUGCUCCAUCCUUCCCUCCCAGCAAGACAACACGCCCAAUUAUUUUGACACUUCGCAGCCGCGCAUGCGCGAGACUGCGUUCGAGGAUGACUUACAGCUUCCACGGAGCUACAUGGAAAACAAAGGCUUUUCAAUGGACGAGCAUAAUGCAGCUCUGCGGACGGCGGGGUUUCGCAACGGCAGUUUGGGGAGCCGCCCCAGCGCCCCUUUCCGAAGCAACGUCUACCAGCCCACCGAGAUGGCGGUUGUCCUGAAUGGCGGGACUAUUCCAACUGCUCCACCAAGUUACACCGGAAGACACCUCUGGUGAAAAAUCUUGUAGGCUGCGAAAGAGAGAGCGAGAGAAAGAAAGAAAGAAAGAGAGAGUCCCUUAACAGGUUUCAUUCCCGAGCAGUGUGUGUCUUUCUAUGGGAAGGAGCCAAUAAUAUUAGCAAACGAAUCCAGGAGAGCAGAAAACCCAUCUGGGACGGCGGGAGUCCUCGGACAGACAGCUUUUUGUGACGAAUAAAUUCAUACCAAUGUGAGCACUGUUGAAUCGAUGCGCUAACCACGCGAGCAAAGCCUCCAAAAAAGCAACACCUCCGAAACAUACGCGAAAACUAAACAAUUGAAUAUAGAUCUAGGCACGUUGGGAGGAAGGAUGAAGUGAAGAAGCGCCGCCCUGAGUCCCUCCGGGUGAGAAGGGCGGGAUAGAAAUAUUUGAAAUUUGAAAUAAAUAAAGUGAGAUUUCUGUGUCGUCGAAGGCUUUCGACCACAUAAGCACGUGGACAACUUCAUGAAAAUGAACAGUAUUUUAAAAACUCCAAAAUCAGAACAGUAAAUAAAGAGCAGCACUCUAAAAACAGAAAAUUCCAGACAGGAAUCAAUCAGGGGGCAGCUAACGACUCUGAACAAAGGAUUCCCCCCAGGCCAGGAGGUGAAGCUUGGAAGGCUAUUUAAUGCUAAUGAAGGUGACUAAUUGCAACAUUCACACUGGCCUCCAACAGACAAAAAGUUCUUACUUCCACAGAUAUAUAUCAACCUUCCUUGCUUAGUUUCUCCAUACCUCACACCCUCUGAGGAUGCCUGCCAUAGAUGUGGGCAAAACGUCAGGAGAGAAUGCUUCUGGAACGUGGCCAGACAGCCCGGAAAACAUAUAACAACCAAGUGAGGUUUUUCUCAUGUGGCGAGGCAGCAUUCGGCCGGAGCCGAGGCGCAGGAGGAGGCGGUUCCUGUGGUCACACAAUGUUUGCAGAGAAGAAAAGUGAAGUCCGUUUUUCGCUUUGGUCCCAACGAAGCCUCCCCUUGAGCAGGUGAUCCUUCAACUUCUGUCUGCCACUUCAACAGAAAGGAGGAAACCAUGAAAAUGAACAGUAUUAAAAAAACUCCAAAAUCAGAACAGUCAAUAAGGAGGAAGCACUGUGAAAAGAGAAUUCCAGACAGGAAUCUAUCAGGGUGCAGCUAACAACUUUGAACAAAGAGCCUGUUCACCUCGAAUGAGCAAGGCAGUGUUAAAAGGUGGGACCUUUUACGUGGCUUUCUUCCCAGCAAAGCUAAUCUCCCGUGUGCCGGUUGGGUUUCCGAAUGUGAGCGUUGGGGAGGAGAAGCAAAAGGUGGGAAUUCCCUUAGAAGCUGAGGUUGGCCCUGUUUCGAAAAAGGCAAGAAGGUAAGGAAGAAGAGGCGUGACAGGAAGGUGUGCCACAAAAGAGGCACAACAGAGCUUGGGGAGCUUUGGCUUUGCCUGUUUUGCCCGUACCGUCACAAUGCAACUCUCUCUUGAAAGAGAGACAAGGCUUGGGGCCACGUUAGGCUAUCGAAAAGAAAGGACAGAGGUCUUGAGAGAUGUGAGCAGCACAAAAGGGACACGUGUCCUACCUCCAGUCCCAGAGGAAGGUGUGCCGCAAAAGAGGCACAACAGAGCUUGGGGAGCUUUGGCUUUGCCUGUUUUGCUCGUACGGUCACGACGCAAUUCUCUCUUGAAAGAGAGACAUGGCUUGGGGCCACAUUAGGCUAUUGGAGAGCAAGGCAAAAAGAAAGGACUGAGGUCUUGAGAGAUGUGAGCAGCACAGAAGGGACACGUGUCCUACCUCAAGUCCCAGAGGAAGGUGUGCCGCAAAAGAGGCACAACAGAGCUUGGGGAGCUUUGGCUUUGCCUGUUUUGCCCGUACGGUCACGACACAGCUCUCUCUUGAAAGAGAGAGACAUGGUGUAGUAUCACGUUGGGCUAUUGGAGAGCAAGGCAAAAAGAAAGGACUGAGGUCUUGAGAGAUGUGAGCAGCACAAAAGGGACACGUGUCCUACCUCCAGUCCCAGAGGAAGGUGUGCCGCAAAAGAGGCACAACAGAGCUUGGGGAGCUUUGGCUUUGCCUGUUUUGCUCGUACGGUCACGACACAACUCUCGCUUGAAAGAGAGACAUGGCUUGGGGCCACGUUGGGCUAUCGAAAAGAAAGGACAGAGGUCUUGAGAGAUGUGAGUAGCACAAAAAGGACCCGUGGCCUACCUUAAGUCCCACUGCUUUGAGCAGAAAGAAAGAACGAACCAACGAACGAACAAGCGCGUAUCUUUUCCCAUCCCGCCACUAUAAUGAGAAAUGUUCCGGUGCCUCUUGAUGGGGGUCACUUAACUCGUAUACAAUAGAUCCCCCUUCCUCCCUUUGCUUGCUGCCACUUUCCCACCCCCCAGUUUAACACUGAAGCCUCAUUGACUGCAAUGGUUUGUGCUUUUCCUUCCAUGCAUUUACUUGUGUGUUCUUUUAUGGAGCAUUUUUUUAAAAAAAUACAAAAAAAUAUGGGAUGAUAUAUGGGCGUUUGGGAAAGACGUGUCCUUUCCUAGACACUACCAUGUUCCUGCUGCCUUUUCACAUUUCUAUCAUUUUAAUAUUUGGCAAAUCAUUCCUCCAUCGUUUAGCAUUGAAUACAUAUCGGGCAUGCGAGCCGUCAUGUGCAUCCUCUGUGCUGGCCGGCAUUGUUCUCUUGCUUUCCUAGAGACUAAAUGCAAUUAAGGUUU